AUGAAUAACAUGGCGCAUGAUAUCAUAAUGCAGACAAAGCCGUACAAGUUAGGGAUUGAGGAUAUUCAAAAUUUGGGGUCUUUAUAUUUUUUUGAAAAUAACAAAAAGAUUGAAAAGUAUAAUGAAGAAAUAAAUCUGCUGAAACAACAACUGAACGACUUGAACGAAAAAAUGGGAAAAUGCGGAUAUAUUCAUAAAAUUGUUGAGCCAGCCAAGUUCCCCGAGUACACAUUUUGGUAUUACGAGUUGAAGGAAAUGAAGGAGUUCCAGGAUUUAGUCAUGUACGAAAUAAAAAAGAAAAAAAAGCAUUUUAAAUUUUUAAGUUAUAAUUGUUUGAAAUAUUUAAGUAAUAGAGAAAAAAUGAAAUUAAAAAAACAAGAAGAGGAACAAAAACGAUUAAAAAUACACUCAAAAAAUAUAUCCUCAUAUAUGGAUCUAUUUUGGAAAAAAAUUGAAAAGCUUGUUUGGGAAGAGAAAAAAAGAGAAUUACAAAAGACAUUAAAUAAAAAAAAAGAAAUGAGGUUUAAGAAGUUUGUAAAAGGAGCUAUUAAAAAAAUUAAAAGUUCAAGAAAUAAUGCUCAUGUGUUAUUUGAAAAUAGGUCCCAAAGUAUCUGCUCAAAUUCGAAUAAUAACAGUAGUGAACAUAUUAAUCAUUCCUGUACCGUGGGUAGUGAGCUUCAGAGUAGAAGGAACAGUAUUGUAAGAAGUGGACGUAGUAGCAUUGUGCGUAGUGGAAGGAGUAGUGUUGAUCGAGGUCGACAGAGCAGCGUUGUGCGUGGUGGAGAGGACAACCUCGACCGUAAUAACAACAUGGAAGAUAGUGAUAUAGAUAAGGAGUUAAAUGAGGAGGAUCUAACAGAUCAAGAAGAAGAGGACGUAUUGUUAGAUGAACAAAUGGAUUCUAGCGAAGAAUCAGAGGAAAAGGAAAGGGAAAUCAAUCUGCUCGAUGAUGAAGCGAACAUGCCUGUUGAAGAACUGCUCAAGCGCAUCUACGGUUUUAAAAGCGGGGAGGAGUACAUUAACUUGAUGCAGCAGAAGGGUGCAGAUGAGGAAGUGGAAGAAGUAGAAGAAGUGGAAGAAGUGGAAGAAGUGGAAGAAGCGGAAGAAGUGGAAGAAGCGGAAGAAGUGGAAGAAGCGGAAGAAGUGGAAGAAGUGGAAGAAGUGGAAGAAGUGGAAGAAGCGGAAGAAGUGGAAGAAGUGGAAGAAGCGGAAGAAGUGGAAGAAGCGGAAGAAGUGGAAGAAGCGGAAGAAGUGGAAGAAGCGGAAGAAGUGGAAGAAGCGGAAGAAGUGGAAGAAGCGGAAGAAGUGGAAGAAGCGGAAGAAGUGGAAGAAGCGGAAGAAGUGGAAGAUGCGGAAGAUGCGGAAGAAGUGGAAGAUGCGGAAGAUGCGGAAGAAGUGGAAGAUGCGGAAGAAGUGGAAGAUGCGGAAGGUGCGGAAGAUGCGGUGGAUGGGGAUGAAACGAACCGAGCUGCAGUCAACGGGGUACAGAGGACGCUUGGUUUGUGCGCAGUAUCGAAGGAAACAAAAUGGAAUGAGAAGAAGAGGAAGUUCUCACCUGACAAGGAUAACACGAGAAAAUGCAAAAUAAUGAAGAGUAACUCGUUUAGCAAAAAGGAUGAAGAGUUAGUGUGUAACAUGGAAGAAAGGCACUUAACGAAAAUACCACCAUUUAUAAAAGCAACAUUACGUGACUACCAACAUGCUGGUUUACACUGGUUAUUGUAUUUAUAUAAAAACAAUAUUAAUGGAAUAUUGGCUGAUGAGAUGGGUUUAGGUAAAACGUUACAAUGUAUAUCAUUGUUAAGUUAUCUUGCUUACUAUUUGAACAUAUGGGGACCUCACUUAAUAAUUGUGCCAACGUCUAUAUUAAUAAAUUGGGAAAUAGAACUAAAGAGAUUUUCACCUUGCUUUAAAAUAUUAUCGUAUUAUGGAAGUCAAACUGAAAGAUUUAAAAAAAGAAUUGGAUGGUUUAAUAGAGAUUCAUUUCAUAUAUGUAUAUCCAGUUAUUCUACAAUUGUAAAAGAUCAUAUAAUCUUUAAGAGAAAGAAUUGGAAAUAUAUUAUCCUAGAUGAAGCACAUAAUAUAAAAAAUUUUAACACGAAAAGAUGGAAUAUUAUAUUAAGUCUAAAAAGAGAAAAUUGUUUAUUAAUAACUGGUACACCAUUACAAAAUAGUCUAGAAGAGUUAUGGUCUCUCCUUCAUUUUUUAAUGCCAAAUAUAUUUACAUCCCACUUAGAUUUCAAAGAAUGGUUUUCGGAUCCGUUAAAUUUAGCCAUUCAAAAAAGUAAAAUUUAUGAUUCAAAAUAUUUAAUUGAUAGGUUACAUACUGUUAUUAGACCAUAUAUACUUAGGAGAUUGAAAAAAAAUGUAGAAAAAGAAAUGCCGAAUAAAUAUGAACAUAUCAUAAAAUGUAAAUUGACAAGAAGACAAAAAAUUAUUUAUGAUGAAUUUAUAAAUAAUAAAAAUGUACAAAACACUUUGAAUGAAGGGAAUUAUAUUGGUCUCAUGAAUGUAUUAAUUCAAUUAAGAAAAGUUUGUAAUCAUUGUGAUUUAUUUGCUAAUAAACAUAUUCAAACUCCAUACUAUUAUAUGAUUCCUAUAACUUUUUAUCUUCCUCGUUUUUGUAUAAUUUUUGACAAAAAUUAUUACUUAGAUUACUACUUAAUUUUAUUCUUGCACAAUGAAUUUACUUCAUUAGGUGGGACUACUGUUACAUUGAAGCACCACCAUGAUAGAAGUGGAACAAACGUCAAAAAUGAUUACCAGUUGAUUAGCGAAAUAGAUUCUCAGGAAGGUAUCAGGGGGGAUGUUCAUAUUGAUUAUGGGAUCAACAGAAACAGUGGCAUUGGGAACGGUGGUAACAGCAAUAGGCCAAUCCCUCAAAAGAACUUUCCUAACGGGAGGAAUCCCUUCGUUCGCAGCAAGGUAGGGUAUACCCCUCCAGAAGUAGAAGGAAGCACGUUAAAAAAUAAUAUUUUCAAUUCGUAUGAAAAGAAUGGUUAUCAUGUUUCUUCUUCAUCUGUUCCCUCUGACGUAGGGAUGCCUCAUACUGGUGCGCAAAAUGCACAGUGUAAUUCAGUUCCACUGAGUAGCGGUACCCUGAUAAAUUUAGUUCGAGGAGGUACUCCUCCUAUCCACGACAACAUUGAGCAGGUGGAACACGCGUGGGUAGACUCAUCAGUGGAAGUGUCGAAGAAGUCUCACUCAUUUAUCCACGCUAACAACACAUGCAGUAGUCAAGUGAAAGAAGGAGAUGGGGAAAACCAGCAACCUCCUUUUCAAAAAGAUCAACAAAAAGGUUGUAACAGCAGUAUAAUUAACCACUCCAUGGUGAAAAGCAUGCAUGAGAAGCACUCUCACACACGCAAUUUUACCAGAAUGGAUGCAAGUGAUACGGGUAAAAACAAUAUGAGCGGCGGACAGGAAAGUUUAGCUCCUCAGAACGAAGAAAUCAAAAAGGAAAAUCGUCUCAACGAGUACAGUACCGUGUAUAGCAGCGUGUAUAGGAACAUGCAUAGCGGCUUCAGUAACUCCAGUUGGGUAGGCAAUUUGCGCAGAAAUAAUGAACCAAGUGCAUAUGAUGUAAAUAUAGAGGAUGUGCAUAGCUAUGUUAAUAACCAAGUGUACAGAAGGAAUAGACCCCGAAAUCUGUUGAGUUACUCAGACGAAUUUUUAAAAGAGUUAAAUAACAAUUAUGAUAUAUUGUCUAUAUAUAUAGAUCCGAACAAUAAGUACAAGAGUUAUGACGAAUAUUUGUAUAGCGUAGAUUAUGAACCAAGCAGCAGUGCAGCACUCUGUGAAAGCAAUAAUAACAUGAACGUGAAUAGCGGAAGAAACGUUAACAUGAACAGCAGCGGUAACGUUAACAUGAUCAGCAGCGGUAACGUUAACAUUAACAGCAGCGGUAACGUUAACAUGAUCAGCAGCGGUAACGUUAACAUGAACAGUAGCGGUAACGUUAACAUGAACAGCAGCGGAAACGUUAACAUGAACAAUAGCGGUUAUACAAACACGUAUAGCAGCGCCAAUUUUAACAUGCGCGGCAGUGCCAAUAUGAGUGGAAAUUACAAUUGUAGUUAUAAUAACAGUACUAGUCAUAAACCGUACAGCAAAAACUGGUCUAACGAAUUUGCUAGUUUUAGAAAAAGAAAUUUCAUAUACCGAUAUGAGAUGAAAAUUUUAAAUAGUGAAACGCAGUAUAAAAACUUUUUUACUGAUGAAACGAAUCAGAGUUACCUAAAUUCACUGGAGCAUAACUUGUGGGUUAAGAAGCAAAGAUAUAUGGAAGAAAAGAAGAGGGAAUAUGAAAAUAGCAAAAAAGAUGUAUUUGUCAGUGAGUAUAACUAUGUCAAAAAAACUAGGGCCCCUUUGUUCGGAAAGAACCUUCUAAUGAUGAUAAAAAGAGAAUUUUCUAAAGAUAAAAAUAUUGUUUACAACUGUAGUAAUAAUGUAAUCAUGGACGGUCUGUCCAUUAUGCGGGAAACGCGCGUACUAGACAUACCAGAGGGUGGAUUUGAACAGGGAGAUGCAACUACUGGAAAGGGUCUCGUUGACUACGUGUGCAGUGAUGGUACUACUGGUAGUGGUGGAUGUGAGGGAAAGAGCCAUCUUGUCUUGGAGGUGCUAUUCCCGACUAUGGAGUGCUUUUUAAAGGAACAUGGACCGAUAAUUGAUAGGUUCACUAUAAUAAACACCCCCGCAGUGAUCUGUGAGAGCCACAAGAUAUGCAUCAACAACAAUUUGUUAAAUAACAAUAAAGAGUUAGAUACAAUCAUUAGAAAAAUAAAAAUAGCCACAAGAGUAUACCAUGAAGCUUUUUUAAAACAGUCUAUAAUAUUUCCAUUAAAUAAAGACAUAUCAUUAGGAAGCGGUAAAUUAUUUGCUUUAGAAAAGUUACUAUGUAAAUGUAAAAGAGAAGGAAACAAGUGUUUACUGUUUACACAAUUUAUAAAAAUGUUAGAUAUAAUAGAAAUAUUUUUAAAUCAUUUAAAUUAUUCUUUUAUACGACUUGAUGGAUCAACAAAAGUGGAACAACGUCAAAAGAUUGUAACCAAGUUUAAUAAUGAUAAAUCAAUUUUUAUAUUUAUAUCAUCAACAAGAAGUGGUAGUAUUGGUAUAAACUUAAUUGCUGCUAAUGUUGUUAUUUUUUAUGAUACUGAUUGGAAUCCAUCUAUUGAUAAACAAGCCAUGGAUAGAUGCCAUCGUAUUGGACAAACCAAAGAUGUGCAUGUGUUCAGGUUUGUUUGUGAAUAUACUGUUGAAGAAAAUAUAUGGAAGAAGCAACUACAAAAAAGAAAACUGGACAAUAUAUGUAUUAAUAUGGGCAAUUUUAAUAAUCAAACUAUUACUACAAAUGGAGUUAGUAAUACAACUAGUAUGAACAUUAAUAUGAACACAAUUGCAGAUGAUGAUAAACAGAAUAACAAUAUUUCAACAAAUUCAGAAGCUAGUAAAGACUGGUUUUCAAAUGUUGAUACUAUUAAACAAAUUUUUAUUAAUAAACAAAAUAAUGAUGAAGAUGAUGAUAUAUACAAAGACAGACUCUUACAUGAACAUCUAGAGGAUACUGAAAAAACAAAUGUGCGUUUUGAAAAAACGUUGGAACAUGUUGAGGAUAAAGAUGAUAUUCAUGCUCUCCACGAAGUAAAGAAGGAAACUCAACACGUUAUAUCUCAGGACUUGCAGGAAUUUGCCAACAAGAAUAAUUUCCAAGAAACGUAUACCCUCACCUCCUACUGUUUCAACUUUUUAAAUGAUAACUUGACGGAUAACUUGAAACAACAAAUCGAUGAAAUGAAAAUGAAAAUAGAGAUUGAGAUGAUGAAUGCAGGAGAAGAUGAAAAUCCGUCCUUUGAUGAUUCUUCCAGCCAAAGUGAACAAGAGUCACAAAUUCUUGAACAGACCACAAAAUUAUGA